AUUUCUUCUUCACUUUUCACAAUAUUUCCAAAUCACAAUGGCUACCAGCGAAUCUGCCUGGGGCUCGUGGCUCGCAAAAGAGAGCGGCGUCGUGGUUGUGUGGACUUCGUGCCGCGAUACAAAGCUGCUAUGUGUGCAACGCUUCGUGCGGCUCUUUGCCUAUGGCGCCUCGUUUCUCAUUCUCGUCCACUUCCUCGCGAGUCUCGGCUUUUCAGACGAACGAAUCGGCCUCUUCAUGACGCUGACUCUCCUUGGAGACACCGUCAUCAGCUUCAUCCUGACAGCCAUCACGGAUCGCGUUGGCCGAAGACGGGUCAUAGCCGCGGGAGCCUUGUUAAUGAUGAUGAGCGGCGUCGUAUUCUCAGUGAGCUCCAGCUAUUGGCUGCUCGCCAUGGCCAGCAUCUUCGGUGUCAUCAGCCCUAGCGGCAACGAGAUCGGCCCAUUCCGAGCCAUCGAGGAGUCGAUCCUGGCUCAGCUCACCGACAAGAAACACCGCAGCGAUAUAUUCGCAUGGUACACGCUUUUUGGGACCGCCGGCGCUGCCUUGGGCACGUUGGCGUCUGGCUGGAUGGUGCAGGCGCUCCAGAACAUCGAGACUUGGUCUAAGAGCGGUGCAUAUCGCGUUGUGUUCCUUGCCUACGCCGUCCUCGGAGGCAUUAAAUUGCUGCUCGUUUUUGCUCUCACUUCGGCGGUAGAGGUGGAGCCUCCGAGACCAGGCUACCGGGCCGUCCCUAUGGGGCAAGAAGAUGAGGCUCUUCUCUCCGAUAGCUCCGACCCCGAAGCGCAUCCCGGCACCUCGUCUAAGUCGGCACCCAAACCUAGGCCUGGUGGCGGACUAGCAUCUUUCGUCCCACACAUCUCUCACCAAUCGCGCGCCAUUCUGUUCAAGCUCCUUGUAUUAUUCUGCCUCGACUCGUUUGCUUCGGGCAUGGCUUCGCCUUCAUGGCUCACUUACUACUUCACCACCAUUCACUCGCUGAAACCAGGGUCUCUUGGGACGCUGUUCCUCGUCACCAAUCUCCUUGCCACCAUUUCCAACCUUGCAGCUCUACCUCUUGCGCGAAGACUCGGUCCCCUCAAGACCAUGGUCUUCACACAUCUACCGUCGGCCGUUUUCUUGGCCAUGAUCCCAUUUCCCUCGGCAGGGGGGACGGGAACCUGGCUCGCAAUGGCCUUCUUGGCGUUGCGCGCUUGUACCCAGAGCAUGGAUCAAGCCCCAAGGCAGGCAUUCCUCGCUGCUGCAGUUUUACCAAACGAGCGAACGGCUGUUUUGGGUGUAGUCAACAUGGUAAAAACCCUCGCGCAGGCAAGUGGUAUUGGAUCUGCAGGAUACUUUGCUGGCAUGCAUCUUUGGGUCAUUGUGAUGACUGGGGCGGGAGCAAUGAAGGCUGCAUAUGAUUUGCUCAUGCUCUGGAUGUUCCUUGGGUUGACGGAUCGUGAGGAGGAGGAGGAGGAGGAGGAGGAAACUACACAUAAGGUGAAGGAGAGGAGAUAGAGAUGGCAUUGGGAUUGGGACUACG